AUGUGGAGAAAUUUCAAAAAAUUAAAUUUGAAAUUACAUCAAAAUAUUCAAUUUCUCUACUCAAGACGAACAAUAUGUGACAAGGCUGUAAUAAAUGAAAUAAAUGAAAAAUUUGAUAGAACAAAGUUCGUAGAGGGAGAUACAGUAAUCUUGCGUGAUACAGCGAAAAAAAUUAAAGGUUCAAGAAAAUCAUUAAUAGGACCUUUAACUAAAGGGGCAAAGACAGAAAAUUUUUGUGGGAUUAUAAAUCAUGAUUCUAUAAUUGGAAUAUCUAUACGUUCUGUUAUUAAAACCAAUAAAGGUAUCGUUUCCGAUAAGGGAAAUUCAGUUGCACUUCUUGAUUUACAUCCAUAUUCAAGAAUAUUAGAAGUAGGUACGGGAAAUGGAUCUUUAACGUUAUAUUUGGCGAGAGCCAUCUAUCCAACAGGACAUAUACAAACAAUAGAUUGUAACGCAGAAAAUAUUCGUAAAUCACAAAAAAAUGUUAAACAAUAUUUUCGUGGAAUUUAUUAUGAUAAUAUAACAUUCAAUAUCGGGACUUGUUCUGACAUAUUCAAUUCAUUAUCCGAAAGUGCUGAUGGAAUAGUAUUAGAUUUACCAGAACCUUGGUUGGAAUUACCUUCAAUUAUUCCAAAGUUAAAAUUAGAUAGAUUUAUAAUAUGUUACUUACCAAAUAUGACUCAAGUAUUAGAAUUAAUUAAAUUUAUUAGAGUAAAAAAAUUUAAAUUAGCUACAGAACAAGUAUUAGAAAUUCUUUGGAGACCGUGGGAAGUGAGAUCUACCGUCAUUAGAAGUAAAAUGGAUGAAAAUAUUUCCUUUUCCAUAGAUAAUUUAGUUAUGGAGAAUAGAAUACCAGAAAAAGCUUUGGCUUAUGUAUGUAGACCUACUUGUGAUAAUACUACUGGUCAUACUGCUUUUUUGGUACAAUUGAAAAAAAUUGAGGAUGAUAUGUGA